AUGUCUACACCAGGAACAACUACAACUGCAUCAAAAUUAGCAUUAACACCAACUUUAUCGAGCAACAAGUCUAGCACAAGCACUGCAAAUCCCAUUCUAAGUAGAUACUUGACCACUCCUAUUGUGUUUCACCCAGCAAAACAUCAAGAAAAUUACUCAUCGACAUCGCAAUUACCUGAGUCAUAUAUCGUCUUGUCGAGAGAAAAGAGGGGAACUAGUGAUAGUAAAGAUAUGAAACGGAAUGGAAGUAUAAACGAGUCACUGUCUCAAAUUAGUAAUGGAGUUAAGAAAGAGAAGGUUGAACCAAAGAGACCCAAAUCACUAGCUGAAGCUGUUGCAUCAUACAGUGGAAGCAAAUAUGAAGGUCCCAAGGAGAGAAAGAGAAAGAGAAAGUUGGCAGAGAUGGAAAAGAGGGAAAAAGAGAAAAAGAGGGAUGUAGAGUCGAAUGAAAGUGAUGAUGAAGAACGAGUGUUUGAAGAAAAUGACGAAUACGUAUCGGCAGAGCAGCCUCCUAUUAAGAAACCAAAGGGGUUAUGGGGAUCGCUUAAGUCACUUUUUGGUGGUGUUGCAACUGGUCAAGAAGAAGAUGUUGGAGAGGAGUUUGUUGAAGGGGAGGAAAAUACAUUAUUCAAUUUGGUAAACAAAGACAGUGAUGAGUCAACUCCGGAAUCAACAUCAGCUGAUGAGGUAUGUGAUGAAAAUUCUCCAUUCACGGGAUUUAGUGAGCCAGAAAAAAGUGAAACUGGGGAGGAAGAGGAGGAAGAAGAGGAAGAGGAGGAAGAUCCCGAUUUUGAUGAAGAAGAUGCGGUUGAAGUUUGUGAUGAUGCAAAUGAAAGUGAUAAAAGUGAUGACAGUGAUGAUGAGGCUGAUGAAAGUUAUGACGAAGAGAACGAGGCUGACUUAAAAGAGUCAUCUACCGAGAGUACUCCCUCAUUGGAGAAUGAUGUGGGUGAUAGCGAAUAUGUGGAUGAGGAUAAGGAUGUUGAUAAAUUAAGACAUGACUUGAAGGUUGAUCAACUUGUUAAUGGGCAAGGAAAAUUGCAUACAAUUACAAGAAGUAUGGAGGAAGAGGAGGCAGAAGAGGAAGAAGAAGAAGGGGAAGAUCAUCUAAAAUUUGUCAAGUCGAGCUCCACCCCACCUACAUCACCAGAAGAUAGCGAUGAACAAAAAAGCUUAACCCAAAGACAAUAUUAUGCAUUCAAUGAAUUUCCCUCUGAUCGUGGCUCCAAUGGAUCCAAGAGAAUCUACAAAAACUGGCGUGAGUUAUCCAAUGCUAAACCCCCGGUUGGUUUAUUAAAUCAUGGAGUUACAUGUUAUAUGAAUUCAGCAAUACAAUCACUCAUUCACAUUCCUGCAUUUCAACAUUAUCUAAAUGACAUAAAUCAAGGUAAAAUAUCCAAUUUAAAACCACGAUCAAUUAGUCACAUAUUGGCUGAAUUAUCCAAAAGAAUGUGGAAUCCAAAUAAACCAACUGCUAAAUAUAUCAACCCCAAAAGGAUUAUUCAACGUUUGGAUGACAUUAAUUGUAUGAUGAGUGAAUGGCAACAAGAAGAUAGUCAUGAGUAUUAUAUGAGUUUAAUGUCGAGAUUACAAGAAGAUAGUGUUCCCAAGGGCCAUAAGUUAAAUGAAUCAAUCAUUUAUGAUAUAUUUGGAGGCUUAUUACAUCAAAAGAUUACUUGUCAGCAAUGCCAUAAUAUUUCCUCAACAAAGCAAGAGUUUUACGAUUUAUCACUUGGAUUAAACAAAAAAAAGUAUCAAAACAGUUGUCGAUACACUAUUGAGAAAUCAAUUAAUGAGUUCUUCAGUAAUGAAGUUAUACGUAAAAAUGACCAAGAUUCGAAAUCAGGAUACUAUUGUGAUAAAUGUAAAACAUUUACCCAAGCUAACAAGAUAUCAUCAAUACUAACAGCCCCAGAAACAUUAACCAUUCACCUAAAGAGAUUCAAAUUCAACGGAAAUUCACUGAGUAAAGUAAAACAAGGAAUAAGCUAUUCGAAAUAUCUUGAUUUAACCAAAUACAUGGAUCAAGAAGCAGAUUCCCCAUCAGUCAAGUACCAAUUGAUAGCGGUGAUUGUUCAUGAAGGUAGAUCGAUAUCCAGUGGUCAUUAUAUUUGUCAUGUAUUACAACCAGAUGGUACAAGUUGGAGCACUUAUGACGACGAAUAUAUCAACCGAAUUGAUGAAAGAAAGGCAUUACUGGAUGCAAAUGCAUACGUGUUGGUGUAUACGAAAUUAACUCCAAAGUAA